CCUUUCCUUUCCUUUCCUUUCCUUUCCUUUCCUUUCCAUUACUUUAUUGAGGGUUGAUCAUGAAAGUCACCCACUGUCUGCCACUUCAGUAUCUUAACUGUCAAUUCUAAGGCUGAUUGUUGUAGCUAUUUGGUCUUCUUUAUAUUUCAUGUUAGUUCCAUUUUUCACUGUGCUCACUUGACUUUUAUUUGAGUGUCUCCAAUUGUUUCUGCCGAUCUGGUGUGAUCACUCAGAAUGGAUGCAUUCUGAGUCAUGUUAUUUAAACGCUGCCGUUACCUUGCAGGAUUGAAAAAAGCACACCUUUUAUCUUGCCUCACCUGCCCCUCUGGAACAGCAUCUUCCCAUGAUACAUAUAGGAACGUAUAUGUAUACAUAUACACUUACCAAAUGUCCUAGAAAUCUCUCAGGCCCAGCUGGAAUUGGGGUAUUGGUGUAAUCCCUGACCAUUUUUCCCCCCCGGAGGUUAUUUUGUUUGUUUUUAUCCUGUUCCCUUUAUAAAAAUUACCUUUUUUUAAAAGAAAAGAAUUGUAAGCUGCCUGCAGAGUUUGUAAAUAAAGAAACCCGCAGAUUGUAACUCCAAGUCGCUUAAAAAAAAGGGGGGGGGGAUAAAAUAGAAUUUUUUAAAGGCAAAUAAAAAACACAGACUACACUUACAACCAAUCCCAAGUCCUAUUCCCAACCUCUGCCAAACGAGCUUGUCCCGACAGCAUAUAAAGGUAGUACUCGGUUUACAACCGUUCCCUUAGUGACCAUUCGGAGUUACGACGGCCCUGAAAGAAAGGUGACCUACGACCAUUUUUCACACUUACACAACCGUUGCAGCGCCCCCACAAUCACGCGAUUUACAUUCGGACGCUGGGCAACCGACUCACAUUUAUAAUGUUUGCCGACCGUCUGACAAGCAAAGUGAACGGGGAGGGGGUGGCUUCACUUAACAACCGUGUUACACCUUUAACAGUGCAGUGAUUCGCUUAACAAGUGCGGCAAGGCGAGUCCGUAGAAUGGGUGGCAAAGCUCACUUAACAAAUCACUCAGCCACGGAAAUUUGGGGGCUGAAAUGGCGGUCGUACGGCAAGGACUGCCUGGCCGUUAGUUGUGCAUCCGUUUAUUCCCUUGCUCUUCAAGUGACUUAGGUGUGCGUGUGUUCCAAGCGGGGGCUGGGCUGUUGUUGGGUAAACCGACAGAAUAUUAAGUUGACCAGUAAAACAUGGAGGCCUGCCUUUCCCUGGACAUUGAAUAAAUUGGUUUAAUUUUCUCUAGCGGCCAGUAAACCGAGAGAUGAACCAUGACCAUAGUUGACAAGACGUCCGAGUCCUCCAAGGCCUCUGCUUCUGAGAAGCAACCUUUCAACUCUGUGGCACCAGCUUCCGGUGACAUGGACUCAGGGUCUACAGGAUGGGUCGCCGUCUCUUCUUCGUUAGAGGCUCCGAAACACAAGAUCUCGUUGGAGCCAGUGCCUGGAGCCGCACUGUAUUCCAGUACAUCGGGACCAGAUAAAUGCAAGCCUUCCACCAAAGAGCUGGUUAUUGGUGAUGGGAUUGCGGCGCCUCAGAAGGUCCUGUUUCCGGCAGAGAAGAUUUGCUUAAAAUGGCAAAAGAUGCAUCGGGUUGGAGCUGGUCUCCAAAAUCUCGGCAACACCUGUUUUCUGAACUCUGCUCUGCAGUGUCUGACAUACACCCCUCCCCUCGCCAACUACAUGCUCUCCUACGAACACUCCAAAACCUGUCACGAACAAGGAUUUUGCAUGAUGUGCACCAUGCAAGGUCACAUCAACCAAGCUCUGUCCAAUUCCGGCACCGUCAUCAAGCCGAUGUCCGUCAUAAACGAACUUAGACGAAUAGCAAAACACUUCCGUUUCGGUAACCAGGAAGAUGCUCACGAAUUCCUAAGGUACACGGUCGACGCUAUGCAGAAAGCAUGUUUGAACGGUAGCAACAAAUUGGACAGACAUACCCAAGCCACCACCUUUAUUCAUCAGAUCUUCGGAGGAUAUCUCAGAUCUAGAGUAAAAUGCAUGAAUUGCAAAGGCGUUUCGGAUACAUUUGACCCCUAUCUGGAUAUUACAUUGGAAAUAAAGUCAGCUCAAAGUGUCAACAAAGCUCUGGAACAGUUUGUCAAGCCCGAACAGCUCGAUGGAGAAAAUGCAUAUAAAUGUAGCAAGUGUAAAAAAAUGGUUCCUGCAUCCAAGCGGUUUACGAUACACCGGGCGUCAAAUGUCCUCACCUUAUCCCUCAAACGCUUUGCAAAUUUCAGUGGUGGCAAAAUCACAAAGGAAGUGAAAUACCCAGAAUAUUUAGAUAUACGACCGUAUAUGUCCCAACCCAACGGAGAACCAAUCAUUUAUGCACUUUAUGCGGUGCUAGUCCAUACGGGCUUCAGCUGUCACGCUGGACAUUAUUACUGCUACAUAAAGGCCAGUAACGGGCAGUGGUACCAGAUGAAUGACUCCACUGUUUCAAACAGUGACAUCAGGACUGUAUUAAAUCAACAAGCCUAUGUGCUGUUUUACAUCAGGACCCAUGACUUGAAAAACGGUGCUGAACACAUUCAUUCGGUCCACACGCCGGGGCAGUCUUCUCCCCGACCGGUUAUCAAUCAACGGGUGAUCGGUAAUAAACAAAGUAAUCCUGGAUUUAUCGGACCUCAGCUCCCGCCACACAUGGUGAAGAAUUCGAAUCAUUUGAACGGAACCGGAUCCCUGAAGGAAAGCCCCAGCAGUACGGUGGCCAUUUCUAGUAACGCUUCCCUCGUCAAAUCUCCUUCGGCACCUUCCUUGUCCAUCUCCAAAUGGACCAUGAACCGGUCGGCUGCGGCAGCCACGCCGGAUUCCUCCAAGAAGCCGAAACUCACUCUCAGUAUUCACAAUAACAAGCUGCCCGCUCGCCAAAACGUCUCUCACACCAGCUGUACCUUGGAGAGCAUCAGCAAACCCGCCCCGUCCGCCACCAUUUCGAACCCUUCCGCGGUGCAAUCUACCUCAAGCACUUCCUCCACCGUCUCCUCGGCUGCUAACCAAGUCUCCAAACCGACCGCUCCCGGCAAAUCCGGCUCCAAGCUGAUCAUGAACGGCAAAGCCAAACACAGCCCUAGCAUCUUGGUCCCUUACGGAGCGGAGUCUUCCGAAGACUCGGACGAGGAAUCCAAAGGCCUGUUGAAAGAGAACGGCCACGUCAAAGUUUCCAACGGCAUUUUAUUAGAUGAGACGGCAGGCGGGCUGGAGAACUCGUGCGCCUCCUGUCACCAGCCGGAAAAGGAAUGCUGCCAGCCCGAGUUGCCCCAAAACAUAACCGUCAUGGUCUCCAUUAGCCUAAACGAUGCCCCGAAGCAGAAUGGACAAAUCAGCAAUGAUCUUCCCAACUCCCAAGGGGAGCCCAUGAAAUUGGCAGAUCGCCCGUUUUCCAAAACCAACGGAUUGCCCGGAAAAGGUUCUCCAAAAGCUUUGUCCUCAGUCCCUGAAGACGACGUCUCAGAAUCCUUCCGAUACAAGCAGUCGAAAACCUUGCCCGGGGACUCCAGCAGCGCUCCUGAAACGGAAAAACCAACGGCCGAGGACGCUUCCGAAAAGGCCCCCGCUGCCCUUCCCAACAGUAUCCCUAGCCCCGUAAAAGUUUUGGACCUCGACGUCACUUCGGCCACGAAGGACCCUUGUGAAAGGAUUGUCCCGACCGAAAACAGACCGCUUGAGAACGACCGGCAGCAUGGUUCCCCAAAAACAGAUGACUCAGCCUCCCCUGGAGAAGGAGACAGGCAAGUCCUUCCUGAAAAGGCAGGUGUAUCCAAAGACGAGAAAGCAGCUUCAGAGAAGAACCCCGAGCCUGUUGAAGGACAGGCAGGACCGCCAGAAAAAGACGCCCAGAACCCCCAGACGAGGUUGGACAGUGAACCUAGGCCCCAAAAGCUAAAGACUCCCCUAAAGGCACCCAAGAUGGGUCCAGAAAGGCAGGGCAGCCCUCCGAGCAGUAAGGAUGCCCCGUGCGCCCAGAAUUCUCCCCUUCCCCAACCCAAAACUGUUGCCGAGAGCCAGUGUUCAAAGACGGAAAGCAAACCAGCAGACGGCAGCGAGCCGGUUCGAAGAAACCUCGAAAAGCUGGGCCCGAGAUCUUCCCCGAAAGAUAAAGCCCACAAUUACAAAAAAACAGACCAAGAAUAUUAUCGUCCUAAAAGGAAGCGUUCCGAAACCGAGGAAGAAGAGGAGGAGGAAGAGGCAGACGGAGCGGGUGGGCGUAGCCAGCCCGAUGGACAUUGCAGCAAGCAAAGGUGCGCUUACAGUAGGGAGCGAGGAAAGCAGCAGGAGCAGCAGUCCCGACGGGAAUACCACGGCACCGGCUACUACAGGUUCCCGGGCAGUCCCGAUCCCGCCAGGAGUUUGGGGAAGUACCCUCCCUACAGAUCCCGCAGCAGGGGCCAAACGGACUCUGAACGGAGCAGGCCCAGUUACGGGAAAGGAGUUGAGAGGUCGUGGAGCAGGGAGCGGUACUACCAGGAGACGCCGAGGAGGUGGGACGUGUGCCGGUCGUACAGUUACUACUACUCGGCUUCCCACGUUCCCCGGCAUAACCAGGAGAGGAAGCCGACUCAUUCCGAGAGAGACUAUAGCAAAUCAAGUCAUGUUUACAGUAGCCCCUAUAAUAAGUACGAUUAUUACAAAAGCCGUUUGAGCCACAACCUCGAUAGGAAAAGGCGUUUCUCCCCAAGCCCCGAAGCCGACGACUGCGUCCCCGAAAAGAAACACCCCAAAAUCUUGCCAGACCCUUCCCUCGACGAACAAAAGGGACGGAAGCGGAAGAAGUCGAAGAAGAAGAAGAAGUUAAAAGAUAAACACAAAGAGAAAGAAUCCAGCCCUAGUUCCUUAUCUGCCGUGUGGGUAGCACAGCAGUCUUCGCCCCCUACUUUCUGGGGUGGCCGAAAGAGUGACUCAAUGAAUGGCUCAGUAAAUGACCCCAUGAAUGAAUCAAAGCCACAGGAAUGUGCUCUUCAGUCAAGUCCCAAGGACAGCCGGCAUCGCCAGGAUUCCGACCCAUCUCCCUCCAACUCCGAAGCCGAGACACACAAACACAAACACAAGAAGAAGAAGAAGAAGAAGAAGAAGCGAGCCAGGAAAUCGGAAGAAGGCGACGAGGCCUCCGCCCCUUCCCUCCCCAAGCCCACCGCCCCGCAGAUCAAGGAUUUCAAAAACUGGGAGGCGCCCAAAUCUUCUUCGGAGGCUUGUCGGAAACACAGCCCAACGUCCUGCAAGGAAAGCCCUUCCGCUGUUUGGCGGAAAGCAAAAUCCCUCGAAAGGAGCAACAGGGAUGGCUUCCAUCCACAGAGAGAUCACAACAGUGAUCCCGAAUGUCCGUUGGAAGUCCAGCUUAUAGUGUAUUUAUAAACCGAGAAAGAAAAACAAAAGACCCCUACAAACUCUUUAAUAUUCAUAAUUGGUGCUUCAGAAAAAAAAUACUGUACAGGAUUUUAUCAUUGAAGAAAGCCCCACCUCUUUUUUCAUUUUUCAUUUUAGUUUUUACCUUGAGUCUUUCUUCUUUUUUUAAAAAAAUAACAAAAAAACAAAAACGAAACAAAAAAAACCCAAACAAACAACAACGAAAUUCUCCGCGAUUGCCCCCCAAACACGACAAGAGUCUGGACAAACUUCUACAGUUGCUGAACAAUUGCAACUUCCUCCUGAUAAUCCGCGUCACCGUGAGAAAUAACGCCCUGGAUCCGAACAUCUCAAAUGCUGCUGCUUCGUUCUGCCACUCAGGUUGAAUGUGUUUAUAUAUAUCUAUGUGUUCCACGUGAUGUUUGCUCCCGAGUCGAAACCUUGUUUUGCCGCGCGGUGGUGGUGGUGUGGGGAGCAAGGAACCUUCCCCGAAUUUAAGCAACGCCUGCAACUGGUAAAAGUGUCUAUUUAAUUUAAUUAUUUAAAACAUUUCACAGGCAACUUGGAUGUUUGCGCGCGCACGAGAGAGAGAGAGAGAGAGAGAAAGGAAGAAAAGAGAGAGAAAAAGAGAGCGUGCCUCGGGUUUUCUCCCCCCCCCUUUCCGAUGUCUGCUACUAGAAACUCCAUGUCAUUUUUCCUUCCGUUGGGAUUCCCAUGUCUUUGGACUUUGGUGAAAGCACGUGCCGUUCAGACACUUGGCCGUGGGUUUGUUUUUUCUUUUCUGUGUUUCUUUUUUUUUUUUGGGGAAUGUAUCGCGGGACACGUCUGAAGAUCGCUUCGACGCCGUUUGGCCUGCCUUUCGUGGCUUAACCUGAAAUUCCUUUCCAAGACCGACGACGGGCGGCGUGCAGAGGGUUUGAGCCAGCCCCGUGCAUUGUGUCGAAAGGCUUCCACGUCUGUUUUCUUCCACUCGAGUGUCUCCUUCCGUGGGUGUUUUCCUUCACUCAACUUUUGCAGGAUACGCCUUUUACAACCGUCGCCUGCGAAAGCAACUCCUUUUCGUCUUUCUGGUCCUUCCUUCAUUUUUUUGUUGUUGUUUUUUCCUGCUUUUUCUUCCCAUCCUCAGCCUGGUCCUUGGGCAUCUCUUCCCUGUCCCGCAGAGUUCAUUUUAUUGCUCAGGUUGUCCUGCUCUAUCUGGACUUCUAGCCUGCGCCAGAAGUAAGCGAGGAGAGCAGGUGCCGGGAUCUCUAGUAUCGGCCUAGAGAGGAGCCGUUUUUAAUUUUUUUUUUUUUUUAUCCGCUUUUAAGUUUUUAUUGCAUUAAUUUUUAAUGUAGCGAUGUACGUCCUGACUGAUCUCGGCUGUCUGGUUCUCGUUUCCUUCUCAAGUUUCUAGUUACAGACAACGAACGUUCAUACUGUGAUUUCUUUCUUUUUUUUUAAUUUUUAUUAUUAUUUUUUAAUGAUGAAAUGCUAUCAAACUGUGAUACACUUAAUUCACUGGUCCUGCAUCAGGAGACAAGAGUGGGGAAAACUGUAUUAAAUACAGUUCAUCUGAAUAAUCUGUCUGAUUUAUACAAGCCGCGUUGUUCAGAGAUGUCUAUAAAGUUUGAUCUUUGUUUUUUUAAAGAUAAAAAAAAAAAAGCACUUACCCCACUUGUAAAUAUGUGGCAUGUAAAAUUUAUAUAGUAUAUAAAUCCGAGAAAUCAAAUCAAACAAUGUUUCUGUCGUUAGUUCAGUUACUGUUAUCUGAUGGGUAUAAACUACAGGCGGUCCUCAACUUACGAACACAACUGAAAACCAGGAUUUAUGUCAUUAAGUGAGAAAUGUGUUCCGUGAUUUUUUUGCCACAUCUUACUACUUUUCUUGCCACCUUUAUUAAGCAAGUCGGUUAGGAACACGGUUGUUAAGUGAAUCUGGUUUCCCCAUUGACUUUUUUUUUUAAUUUGAAUUUAUAUCCCGCCCUUCUCCGAAGACUCAGGGCAGCUUACAUUGUGUAAGGCAAUAGUCUUCAUCCAUUUGUAUAUUAUAUACAAAGUCAACUUAUUGCCCCCAACAAUCUGGGUCCUCAUUUUACCUACCUUAUAAAGGAUGGAAGGCUGAGUCAACCUUGGGCCUGGUGGGACUCGAACCUGCAGUAAUUGUAAUUGCAGGCAGCUGUGUUUUAAUAACAGGCUUCUUACCAGCCUGAGCCACCAGAGGCCCAUCUAUCUAUCUAUCUAUCUAUCUAUCUCAUCUGUCUCUAUCUUUUUUUUAUUUGCAUUUAUAUCCUGCCCUUUUCCGAAGACUCAGGGCGACUUACACUAUGUUAAGCAAUAGUCUUCAUCCAUUUGUAUAUUAUAUACAAAGUCAACUUAUUGCCCCCAACAAUGUGGUUCCACAUUUUACCUACCUUAUAAAGGAUGGAAGGCUGAGUCAACCUUGGUGGGACUCGAACCUGCAGUAAUUGUAAUUGCAGGCAGCUGUGUUAAUAACAGACUGCAUUAGCCUGUUGAGCCACAAGAGGCCCUUUACUUGUCUGACUUUACUUGUCAGUAGGUCGCAAAAGGGGAUCACACGACCCCGGGACACUUAUAACGGUUAUAACUGUGAGUCAGUUGCCAAGCAUCUGGAUUUUGAUCAGCUGGCCAUGGGGAUGCUGCACCGGUCCUAAGUGUGAAAAAUGAUCAUAGGUCACUUUUUUCCCCCCAGUGCUUUUUGUAACUUUGAACGGUCACUAAAUGAACUGUUGUAGGUCGAGGACUAUCUCAUUUGAGCACAGAUACAUUUGACGGUGACCCGUGUCUAACCAGCUCUUGGUUGGGUUUGCAAUUAUCGGGAAGAUCUCAAUGACUUUCUCUUUAUUAGUAUGGAAGUGUUUAAGCAGAAAUACUACGAGUUACGACCGCAAUAGAAAGCAGAAUUUUGGUUGCUAGACAAGGUGGUUUUGAACGGAGGCAAGCCCAAUUUUACAUAUUUGAGCCACGGUUGUUAAGUAGAUUAUGCGUAUGUUAAGCGAACCUGGCUUUCCACAUUGAGAAGUUGCAAUUGGCAAUCACAUGAUCCUAGGAUGCUACAACUUUCCUUCCUUCCCCCAUCU